CCAAAAUUUAGUUGAUAUGGAUCCAACCGAGAACAAGGAUGCAGAAAUGCCUCCUACUGAAGAGCCAAAGCCAGAAACACCAGCUGAAGAACCAGCUGCAGAUGGAGAAAAUCCUGAUGAGGAAAAGAAGGAAAUACAAGAGGAGAAGCCUAAGGGAAAGCCAAUCAGCGAUCUUGUAAAUCAAGGAAUGGCAAGCAGUAUCAUCGAAAUGGGAUUCACAAAAGCUGUAGCUGAGAAAGCUCUUUUGUACACAAACAACGCUUCAGUGGAGAAGGCAUUUGAGUGGAUCCAAGAGCACCAAGAAGACCCUGAUUUUCUAGAAGAAGAGUUCCUUGCUCCAGAUCAACCGACUGAGGACCCUAACAAGCCGAAGUUGACUAAGGAAGAGAAGAUCCAAGCUGCCAAAGAUCUUCAGAAGAGGCUUAGAGAGAAGAGAAUAGCUGAAGACAAGAGGCUUGAAGAAGAACGUGAAAAGGAAAGAAUCAGAAGCACCAAAGAACUCCAGAAAGCCAAGAAGAAAAUGGAGGAAAACGAAGCUAGACUCCGCCUCGAAUUGGAAAGAAAAGAGAAGAAGGAGUUUAACGAAGAGAAAAGAAGAAUGGAAGAGCUUCUCAGAAAGGAAGCAGCUGAGAGAGCAGGCAAGAAGUAUGUUCCAGGAGAGACUACGAAGAUUAAGAAAAAGCCGUCCCUCCAAGCAGUCAAGGAUGCAGCCAAGAUUGUGAUGACAUUAUAUACUGAGGAUAGACGCCCAGGAGUGGCUAAGACUUGCUUCAAGACUUUUUAUACCCUCUGCAAGAAUGUAUUGAAGGAUACUGAUAAUCAAAAAUUCAGAAUUGUCAACCUUGCUAAUGAGAAGAUAGCAGCCAGAAUCGGAAAGAUCUCAGGCGGGCUUGGCAUGCUCAAAGGAGUUGGGUUCUAUGAAAAUGAUGAAGGUAAUUUAGAACUCAUGGAUGAACACCUGGACCCAGAUUUGCUGAAGGAAGCAAUGGAGUUAGUUGAACUUAAAAUGAAUUAG